ACAUUACCUUCUACCGUAAUUAGUUCAAUGGCGGCAACACGUUCCUCCCCUCGAACACCGUCCAAACAUAAAGGUGUUGGACAGUUGCCUACUGAAGGGUUGCCUGAUUACAUUGAUCUUUCACAUAAAGCAACUUGGGACAGUAUAUCAACCGAAAUUUUCUUAGAGUGUGUGCGGGAGCAAAUUUUAGUGGGACGUAGGCUAGGUACAACUAUCUCAGUUGCCGGGUAUAAGGAAAUUUCUGUGCAAUUUGCUAAGCGCACAGGCAAGCGUCAUGACAUGAAACAGUUCAAGAACAAGUACCUUGCUUUGAAGAAGGAGUGGCAGGCAUGGAAUAAAUUGAUGGACACCAGUAAGGGUGUAACUGGGAUUGGGUUCGACAGGUCAACCGGGCUGUUCACCGCGUCAGACGAAUGGUGGGAAAAUUUGAAAUCGACAAACAAGCUAGCUUACAAAUUCAAGACAAAGCCAUUGGAACAUGAAGAUUUGAUGCGGGAAGUUUUCACAGGUGCAACCGCGACUGGGAAACAUCAUUGGACCCCCGGCGAGCCUGUUGUGGACAUUGCUGACGGUGAAUCCGAUUCUGUUGACUCACCUGGAUUGCAGCCAUUUAUUGCGCCAUAUGAACCGGUUGUGGACUCACCACCACCCUCCCCCAUUGUCCACGUAGAUGAAGCGGAGCAAGGGUCAAAGCGCAAGGAGGGGGCGAGUUUAAGUGGAAAGUCGAAGAAGCCGUCCACUGGCGCAUCAGUGCUUGCAAACAGUUUCAACCAUCUCUCCGAGGCUGUUCGUUCACAGAAGCACCUUACGAUCAGGCAUGGAACUGGUGCGUCUCAAAAGUAUGGCAUUGAGGCAUGCAUGCAGAGGAUUAUGGCUAUACCCGACUUUCUCAGUACACCUCUUUUCCACUUUGCCUGUAUUGCUUUGGAGAAUGCAGAUUACCGUGAGAUACUAAUGUGCAUGCCUGAUGAUGGUAAUGUGGUCGGUUGGCUUGCGGCAUUGAAGGCCUCCAAAGGACUGUGA